CCGCUCAUCCACAUUUCGGCCUUUCUCAAUAACACAGGAAUGAAAUCAGUGGCUCCUGCUUUGCACCCACUGUCUCGCAGGUAAUGGCUGCAGCCAAUCAACCGGCAGGAGUUAGUUUAACACGUAUGACUAAAAGGUCGACUCACACCACAACCAGGAUGAUAUCAUCUGAUGGCUGGCAGCCGUUCUAAAGUGGGACGACUGCAAAUAAAGACUGGGAAAAGGAAACAAGGUUGGAGGCUCCACCUGGAUGCCUUAAUGCUCUUGUACUCUGACCUCACCUGGCUUAUCUCAGAAGAAGACAUUCACCCUGGCAACACACCUGGAGAGCUCUACAAUACAAGACGGGGUUUACACUGGGAAGGAUUAGCAAAAAAACCAAGGCUCAAAUGUCCAACGAGCGACUGACAGCACUCACCUAAGAAAUAGCAUAGACAAAGGCUGUACAACGAAGUCUCCUCUGCAACUGCGGAACAAGCCCGAUCAUGUCAAGGAAGAGUUUUUCAGGGUGUGCAGGUAGAAGCUGCCUAGUUUCCUGACAGAGACGUGUGUGCAUGUGUGGGAUUCGAAUAUCCUGCGUUUCCUCAGCAGAACAGGUGACAUUAUGCCUUUAAGCUUCUCCGUUUCCUAAGGAUUCAUCAUCAAAGGACAGGAUACAAAGACACUUGAGGAUAUACAGAAAGAUUUAAUUCUAUUUAAGAUCUGCCAGGAUGCCACUGAGAACAUCACUGUACAGAAAGCCUUCCUCUGGUCGUUGGCCCAGCAGGAAGCGCAGGGAGGUGCUGUCUGUCAACAUGAUCAGCCUUCCACUGGCUGAUUUCCGCCACAUCUCACACAUUGGAAACGAUGCCCAUACAGACAGCUUCGGAGACCUUUCCUUCUUAAAAAUGGGCCACGGUCUGCUUCUACAAAGCUCCCAGAGUGAGCAGAAUCUCUUCCUAGCCUGCUCGCCACCACCUAAGCCGCCACGCCUGAACCUGGAUGAGGCAGAGGGUUCAGAGAGCCCCGACUGGAACGCUAGCCACCUGCACAAUGCAUCCCAGAAGAGAAAAAAAUGCAGCUCCAUGCCACUUCUGGACAGCGAUGGAGGAGAUGAAGAGAUGGAAAAGGAGGAGGAUGGCGAUGGGUACCAAAGAGUGAAUAGUGUUGCUUCCAGUCAGACUCACAGAACCGGAUGGGGCAGCCUGAGUUCAGACAAGGAUACAGAUGCCUGUGACACAAUUGCGGGACCGCAAAAAGAUGAGGACAGUGGCUUUUCCUUUAGCCUCGACCUGGGCCCUUCAAUCCUGGAUGAUGUUCUCCAGGUGAUGGACAAAAACUACAACUAGACAAGACAGUGGCCAAAUGUUCCAGGAGGGCGAUACUGUGGAGACGAGAUCCAACACAAACUGUUCUGUGCAACUCAUCUCUUCUUUACAGACAUACUAAUAUCCUCAAGUGAACAAAGAAACUUAAGCUAUCUGAUUUUAUGAUCCCUUGGUUACAGGUAUGGGCAUUCAACCUUUGGAGAGAACUUUUGAUGUUGGUAAACUACUACACUGAAAAGACCGAAACACAGAAUGGAAAUGUCUGUCUUUUUUCAGUAUUUAAAUAAAAAUGUUCAUUUUUUUAACCAGACAUUUCUAGAGGAGGAUCUUAUUUCUUAUAGAGCACCAGAAAUUGUGCAGCCCACGGCAUUUUUUAAUAAGUAAAUAUUAACUCUGAAUGGGCAAGGACAAGUACACAAAGUUAAUGUUCACCUAAGAUUCACCCCUUGCAGAGGCGGAUAUGAUGUUCAGGUAAAUAAUUGAUUUCUGUCUGAUGUCAAACUCCAAGGUGGACAUUUCUACCUACUUGUACUUCCCUCCUUUGCUAUUGUAAUCCUCCAAACCACACGGCACAGCACUGUAGACGGCUGGUAAGACUUAAGAGUGUUGUGUUUAAGAAAAGAAAAGCUGCGGCUGGAAUCCAAGGUCCUCGAGCUGCGAUGUCUUGGCUCUUGGCGUGCUUGCCAAUCUAUUGUGUGCAGAGGGCAAUUUUUCCUCCGCACGCAUCUCAGAGGCCCCACUCAAAGGUAGACCAAGGUACCCCCCAUCUCUCAUUCUCAACAAUGCAGUGAAAACAAACACUUAGCUCUGCUUCCAAUAAAGGCCAGCCAGUAGUGGCAGCUUGGGCUGCAGACCAAGCCAGGCCACAGGUCCAAGACCUCAGGAGAAAAAAAAAAAAAAAAGCCAGCGCGGGCUGUUUUCUUAGCUGCAAAUCAGACGUCUGAUGCUCUGGUGAGUGGCACACGAGAAGGGAAAGUGGUAAAGGGUAACGUGAUACUUCCACAUAUGCAGGGGGUGUCGAGGGAGGAGGAACAGAGACAGCCAUUACUGCAGCAGAAGUCCUGAUGAGGGUUUAAACACUACCUUAUGAACAAACAGACCCCCAAGACACGUGAAAAAUACGUGCUUGCAUCUCAUAUAUACUGGCACACAAGUACAGGGGAGACACGCACGCAUGUACAUGUGAGCACGCAUAGUCAAUCUGAGAAGUGUGCAGACAAUUGAGGUGCACUUUCCUCAGGUCUGGAGAGGAGAGAGCCAGGACAGAGCCUCAGUCUGUGCCUAAGUUGGGAGGUUGCCAGGAGGAGCUGUGGGGCAAAACGAGAAACAGUUGAAUUCCUAAGUUCCCCCAUGGGUCACGCUGCAAAGUGCGAGAACCACAAGUAUCUCGCUUCUAGCAAUAGAUUUAGAAUACUAUGUUAUGUCAAAACAAAAACAGCAGUGUUUGUGGGUAUGUCCGCACUGUGCAUCUAUUUCUGCAUAUCUAAUUUUAAACUGGAUAUCACUGCCACUUUUUCUUAUGUGUAUGUCAUGACAACAACUUAUUGUGAAACCUUUUUUGCAUUGAAAAAUGUACUGUUUUGUAUUUUGAUGAAGCAAAGUAAAAUAACCUUC